GCUUAGAGUGGCCGGCGCACGCGCACAGGGUCGGCUCCCCGCAAUGGAGCGGGUGUUGGCGGACGCGCUUCUGGCCCAGAGCCGGGAUCCCUGCGCGCUGUUGGGCAUACUGUGUGGCGGAGAGGCGAGUGCGGAGCGGGCGGAGACUCUGCGCCUGGUGCUGCAGCAGCUGGAGGAGCGCGGUGCGGGCGCCGGCGCGCUGGCCGAGGCGGCGCACGAGGUGGCCAAGGGCUACCUGGUGCCUUUACUGCACGCGUCCCCGGGCGGAGGGCCUGCGGGGCCGCGGGUGCUCCGAGCGGCCAGCGCGGCGCUGCGCUCGUGCGCCCGCCUGGCGGGACCCGAACUGGCGGUCGCACUGGCGGAGGACGCGCUGCGCGAGCUGCCGGCUGUGCCGUCCGUGGAGCUUCUGGCCGCCGUGGCGCCGUGUCUGCGCGCACUCGAUGAUGCCCCGCUGCUGCGUCGCUUGGCGCGCGCGUCCGUGGAGCUGGCGCUGGCCGGGGACGCGCCGCCAGCGGUGGGCGCGCGCCUGCUGCCCGCUCUGGCCCAGAGUGCGGAACCGGCGCUGCGGGCGGCUUGGGACACGCUGGGCUCUUUGGGACUCGGAGCUGAGGGCCACACUGGGCCAGAGCUGCUGGUGCUGAGCGCACUGGCCGAGAAGCUGCUGUCGGCUCGUGCGCGCCCCGCGGACCUCGACGCGCGUCUCUGCGGUCGCUUCUGGAGAACAGUACAGGCGGGGCUGGGCCGCGCGCAGGACGCGCUCACGCGCAAGCGCGCGCGCUACCUGCUGCAGAGGGCUGUGCAGGUGUCUGCAGAGCUGGCGGUGGACUGUACCUGCGGUCCCCAGGACACAAUGGGUCCAAGCUUAUUCUGGUGGUCUGAGAAGAAAAGAGACAAGCUUCUAAAGUUUUGGGAAAACUAUAUCUUGAUCAUGGAAGUUCUAGAAGGCAACCAGAUACAUGUCAUAAAGCCAGUCUUACCAAAGCUAAACAGUCUGUUUGAAUACGCAGUAUCAGAGGAAAAUGGCUGCUGGCUCUUUCAUCCCUCCUGGCACACGUGCAUUUAUAAAAGAAUGUUUGAAAGCGAGAAUAAAAUCCUGACCAAAGAAGGCGUGAUCCACUUCUUGGAGCUGUAUGAAGUGAAAUCGCUUCCGUAUUCGCCGGAACUCUCUGAGUUUGUUACCGGCCCGCUGAUGGACGUCCUCUCAGAGAGCUGUCUCUACAGCAGGUCUCCAGGGCAACUGCUGGGAAGUGGCUCUCCCCUGGGAUUAAAGCUGCAGAAGUUUCUAGUCACUUACGUUUCUCUUCUUCCAGAAGAAACAAAGAGUCAUUUCCUGCUAAAGUUCAUUCAGAGGAUGGCAGGUAGACACUGGUGUGCCGUACCCGUGUUCUUCCUCUCCAAGGCUUUGGCAAGCAUGCCCAGAUGUAAGGCCCUGGGUGGAGAAGGGCUUCUUGCUCUCAGGGAUGUCCUCCAGUGCACGAUGAUCACACACCAGGUCCUUCUGCGAGGAGCAGCACAGUGCUACCUUCUCCAGACAGCCAUGCGUCUGGUGGAUGUGGAGAAAAUAUCUCUUUCUGAUGUCGCAGCUUUUCUCAUGUCUCUAAGACAAGAGGAGUCCUUGGCACGAGGGACCGUGUUGUGGACAGAGCUCUGUGAUUGGCUGCGCGUCAAUGAAAGAUACUUUAGGCAGUCCUCGAUUAGUGGCUCUGAGGGACAGGAGACAUCGUUAAAGGCUUAUGUGAAGAACCUCGUUCAGGAGUUCGUGAAGUCCCCUGGUUGGGAAAGGGAAAGUGACUUCAUGCCAGACUGGCUUGAAGCCAGGCUGACUUCUCUGAUGGUUCUGCUGGCUGUGGACGUGGAAGGCAUGAAGACCCAGUUCAGUGAGAAGCAGAGGACUCAGAACGUGCUGAGGAUCUUCUUAGACCCCCUGCUGGAUGCCCUGGGGAAGCUGGGCACCAAUGCCUACAUGCCCCUGUUGAAGACAGACAGGUGCCUCCAGCUGCUGGUGAGGUUGCUGCAUUCUUGUGUGCCAAGAGGUUCCAGUGACCAGGAUGAUGAGGUGUCCGCUGUCCUCCAGACCUCCGUCAUGUCUGCUGCAGAGAGCGUGUCUCAGUUUGUGCUCCGGAGGCUCACCAUGAAUGAGCUGCAGAGUGUGGCAGAUCUGGACCGCUGCCAGCUAUACCUGAAAGUGUUGGCUGAGCUCACGAGUCUCCAGGUGAAGCUGGGCUGGAAAGCAGGCAACCCCAUCCGUCGAGUCAUCUCUCCUCUGAAAAACGCAUGCAUUCACCAUCUGCAGGACGCUGAGGAUGGAAAGGAGCCAACCCUGGGUCAUCAGGUGCAGAGAGUAGUCAGCAUGGCCACCCUGGCAGCUCUGUGUGAGGCUGUGGACCAGCACCCAGUGCUGCAGCUGGAGUCUCCCGAUGCUGAGCCCGUGGACAGGUUCCUGUCAACUCUUCCACUCAGGCAGAUGCUGCAGAAGCCCCGUUCGGAGGAACAGAACGGCUGUGUGCAUCCCUUGGAGAACGGCAGUGUUCUGGAAGAGUCACCGUCUUCUCCAGGAUGGGGGAAGACAGUGGCGCAGUAUCUACACGACCAGUGGGUCUGCCUCGCCUUCCUGCUGAGGAGGCACCGCCCCCUUAAUCCAGCCACGGAAAGUGACGUGCAGGAGUGCUUCCUCCCUGCUGUUGAGAUGCCCGCGCAGACCCUGCGGUCGGCCCUGGACGUCCUCACGGUCCUCCCUGCCGACCGCAUCUUACCCGUGUUCCGCUGCAUGGAGGUGCUGGUUCCCCAGCUCCUGACCUCCGAGGAGUCACUCUGCAUCGAAGCCUUUGACAUGGCUUGGAAAAUUAUAUCUUCCUUGGGUAACACUCAGCUGACGUUCUGGCCUAACUUAAAAGCCUUCGUUCACUUUGUUUUUGGUCAUGAAAUCCUUGCCAUUGCCGCCAAACUCAAGGGCCAGGCAUACUUCAGAAUAAAAGAGAUUAUGUGCAAGAUAAUUGAAAUGUCCACCAUAAAAACGGGGGUCUUCAACAUUCUGAUCCGUCACUGCUGCCGAUCUUGGUUAGCGGCUGCUUCCGGUGUGUCCCAGGGGUCGUUCUCCAGUGCUAAGGGUUACAGUGAACUUGUCCUGGAGGCGUGUGUGUUUGGAACAGUGUUUAGGCGUGAUCAGAGACUUAUUCAAGAUGUCCAAACCUUCAUAGAAAACCUUGGACAAGACUGUGCGGCAAACAUCAUCAUAGAGAACACUAAGAGAGAAGAUUAUUAUGUGAGAAUUUGUGCUGUCAAAUUCUUGUGUCUGCUAGAUGACUCCGACAUAUCCCACAAGUUGUUCUUAGAAGAUCUUGCCAUCAAGCUCCUGGAUAAGGAUGAAUCGGCAUCUAGGUCCAGAACUCGCUACCACGAGAACUCCCUACAGCACCGGGUGAAGAACCGGGUGUGGCAGACUCUGCUGGUCCUGUUCCCCAGGUUUGAUCAGAACUUCUUGAACGGGAUUAUUGAUAAGAUUUUCCAUGCUGGCUUCACCAACAAUCAAGCAUCCAUAAAAUAUUUUAUUGAGUGGAUUAUUAUAUUGAUUCUUCAUAAAUUCCCUCAGUUCCUUCCAAAGUUCUGGGAUUGUUUUUCUUACGGUGAAGAAAAACUUAAAACGAGCAUUUGUACGUUUUUGUCUGUUUUGUCACAUUUGGACAUCAUCGUUCAGAAUAUUCCAGAAAAGGAAAGAGGUCAUGCUGCAGCCAUUACAAAAAUGAGGACACUGGAAACCGUUUUCCCUGAGACAUUUGUCAGUGCUACUGAGCUCAUUUGCAUGGGAGGAAGUUGCAGCCCUAUGGCCAGGCCAGUGAAAGGCUUGUCAGAGCUGGUCACAGCUGCCCCGUCGGUCCUCCAUGUCCACCCUAAGCUGGUUCUGAAGCAGGCCCUCACGACUGCCCUGCAGUGGUGUCUGAGCCACAACUUCAGCGUCCGCCUCUAUGCUCUGGUAGCCCUCAAGAAGGCCUGGCAUCUCUGUAAAGCACUGCAAUUCGAAGAGUGUGACGCCUGGACCACAGUCAUCGAGUGCAGUCUCAGCCAGGCAGAAAACAUGCAUGGCGCAGGGAAUGCCAGGAAGAACUGGCAGCGCAUCCAGGACCACUUCUUCUUCUCCACGUUUCACCCGCUGAAGGACUACUGUCUGGAGACCAUAUUUUACACCCUCCCACGGCUCUCGGGUAUCACUGAAGAGGAGUGGAUCACCCUGGAUAAAUUUACCAGCUUCACAGACAUCCCUUCCAGUGCAGGGCCCCAGUGGUACCUGUCUGGGUCUGCACUUGGUGAGCUGAGUCCAGGAGACUGGUCCCAGCAGGACCGAGGUUAUACCUUGGGUGAAGCAGACAGCCAAUCAGAGUGGGCUGAUGUCCAGAAAAAGAUUAUCCCAUGGGGACACAAGGCUCUGGAGUCAGACCUGGAACUUAUGCUUCAGGAUCGGGCCGCCAAGCUUGGGAAGUCCAUCAGUAGACUGAUUGUUGUGGCCUCGCUCAUCGACAAGCCCACCAACUUAGGAGGGCUGUGCCGGACCUGUGAGGUGUUUGGAGCCGCAGUACUCGUGGUUGGCAGUCUCCAGUGUGUCGGUGACAGACAGUUCCAGCACCUCAGCGUCUCCGCAGAGCAGUGGCUUCCUCUGGUAGAGGUGAGACCAGCCCAGCUGACGGAUUAUCUGCAGCAGAAAAAGGCCGAAGGCUACACUGUCAUUGGUGUGGAGCAGACAGCGCAAAGCUCAGACCUGGCCCAGUACCGCUUCCCUGAGAAGUCGCUGCUGCUGUUGGGAAAUGAGCGGGAAGGAAUCCCAGCCAACCUGAUCCAGCAGCUGGAUGUGUGUGUGGAGAUUCCUCAGCAGGGCAUCAUCCGCUCACUGAAUGUGCACGUGAGCGGGGCUCUGCUGAUCUGGGAGUAUACCAGACAGCAGCUGCUCAGAUGUGCGGAGUUGGCAUCCUGAAGGCCGAGCCUCACCUGCCGUCUCCAAUGGUGCUAAAGAUGGUGUCUAUUUAUAACCUUCUGGACUAAUGAAAUAGUCGGAGAUGUCCUGGGAUUAUCUGCAUCUCUUUAACCUUGCACCUCAAUGCCAAAACUUUUUCAUGUGCCUUAAAGUAUAUCACUAUGUAUUGUCCCUUUUAGCUAAAUCAAAUUACCUUUUAAAAUAUUUUAAGCAACUAUGGGAAUUUUAAAAAUGAAUUUUUAAAAUGUUCUUCCUAGAAACCAGUAUGUGCUAACAGUAUGGAAGAAUUAAAGUUGUUACUUACGAGCACCUA